AUGUUGCCAAAGUUCGAUCCAACAGAGCCAAAAGCUUGCUUGUCAGUUCUUGAGGAUGUGACCAGUAACGCAAAGCAGAUUCAAGACUCUGUGUUGGAAGCAAUACUUUCACGUAAUGCUCAAACAGAGUAUCUUAAAGGUUUCCUCGACGGUCAAGUCGAUAAGCAGAGCUUCAAGAAGAACGUACCAGUUGUGACCUACGAAGAUUAUCGCUCUUAUAUCGAUCGUAUCGCUAUUGGCGAGUCCUCUGAUCUCAUCUGUGAUCGACCCAUCAUUGCUCUCCUGUCCAGCUCAGGUACGUCAGGAGGAGUGCCAAAGUUGAUUCCUUUGACAGCAGAGGAGUUGGAACAGAGGAUAUUGUUUGCAUCUCUCUAUGCACCACUACUCUACAAGCACAUAGAAGGGCUUAGCGAAGGGAAAACUCUCAAGUUUUAUUUCGUGAGCCGAGAAGGCGAGACUGCAUCAGGCUUGAUGGUCAGGACUAUGAUCACUUGUUUUCUGAAAAGCCUUAAUCCAACCAACUCCCUUAUUUGGGACAAAAUACAGAUAAGCCCGUAUUCGAUUUCGACUUGUUCAGACACUACUCAGAGCAUGUACUGCCAAUUGCUCUGUGGGCUUGUACAGCGAGAAAGUGUAACUUGCCUUGGUGCGCCUUUUGCUUCUUCCUUCCUCAAAGUAAUCAAGUUCUUGGAAGAUCACUGGGAUGAGUUAUGCUCAAAUAUAAGGACUGGCCGGCUCAGCGACUGGAUCACGGACGCUCAAUGUGUUUCAGGGAUGGGUAAGUUCCUCACCGCUCCAAAUCCAGAACUAGCGAGCCUGAUCGAGCAAGAAUGCAGUAAAUCAUCAUGGGAGGCAAUAGUCAGGAGGUUAUGGCCAAAUGCUAAAUGCAUCGAAGCCAUCGUGACUGGCUCCAUGGCACAGUACAUUCCAAUGCUCGAAUUCUACGGCGGAGGUCUUCCUUUGAUUUCAAUGUUUUACGGCGGUUCUGAAUGUUUCUUUGGUUUCAAUGUCAAUCCUUUGUCCAAGCCUUGUGAUGUUUCGUACACUGUCGUUCCAAGUAUGGGGUACAUCGAGUUCUUAGAGGUGGACAAAGACCAUCAAGAAGCUGGUCAUGAUCCCACAAAGAAGCCUGUGGUCGUCGAUCUUGUGGAUGUUCAAGUUGGCAAUGAUUAUGAACCUGUUGUCACAACGUUUUCUGGUAAGUCUUUACUUGAAACGUUAAAUGUCAAUUUAAAUUUAUUGCAAAGACUUAGUUAG